CAGAAAUGACAGAGUUCUCCAAAUUUCCUGAAGAGAUGGCCUUGCAAAUCUUAUCAAGGAUGCCACCUAAAUCUCUGAUGCGAUUCAAGUGUGUCCGUAAGUCAUGGUAUACAUUGAUCAAAAGUCCCAGCUUCGUAUCCAAACACCUCUUUAAUUCCUUGCACAACAAACAGUCCACAUGCAUCUUUUGCAAGCGUUACGUCUUCAGGGAUAUCGCCACUAAAGAUGUGGAAUCUGUAAUCUCAUUGAUUACUUUUUCCAAUGAUGAUGUUGGCGAUAAUGACCAUGAGCAUAUCUCUCAUUCGGUUAUCCAAGACAUCGAUCUUCCACUUUCUAUGAGUGGAGUACCGAAGAACCAUGUCAAUGAGCCUGAGCUUCUCGGAGCUGUAUAUAUUACAGGGCAUUGUGAUGGAAUCAUAUGUUUAGUCCAUGGUGAGAUUGUGCUAUGGAAUCCAGCAAUUAAGCAAUUCAAGGUUCUUCCCAAGCCACUCCUUACAAAUGGGAUCGUAAAUUCUAUAGGAUUUGGCUAUGAUCCCAGAUCUAAAGAUUACAAAGUUUUUAGUUUUCCAACUCAUGAUGAGGACCGAACUAGCGAGCGUGAUUUUAAUUAUCCUCCACAGGUUGAAGUAUACAGCCUCAGUACCGACUCGUGGACAGAGAUCAACGCCGAUCAUUUAGAAACUGAAACUACCAACUUGUAUCCUGAAUAUUUUCAAAUGAACUUUAAGGGAAUUUGGUAUUGGACCGGCAGUGAGCAACAAAAGGAAUUCAUGGUUGUUUAUGAUAGUAUGGAUGAGGAAUGGGUGAGGCAGCUGAUCAUUGUGUUUGAUAUGAAUGAUCAAGUAUUUGAAGACAUACUAUUUCCAUAUAGUUUAUACCACCCGAUGAUUCCUUAUUUAGAAAUGCGCGUUAUUGUGUGGAAUGAAUCCGUCGCUCUUUUUGGUCAGUACCGUUUUGGUUAUGCUGAUGAUGCUUUUGGAUUAUGGGUAAUGGAUGAUAUUGUCAAGGGUUCUUGGACAAAACAAUUAACCCUAGAGGUCAUAGUUGGGACUCGAAUGACUUUGGAAAUGUGGAAGAGCGACGAGAUUCUUAUGGUGGCUAAUGACAACCGUAUAUUCUCCUUCAAUUUCAGAACUGAAGAGAUUAAAUUUCUUCCCAUUGAAAGUACGCAUCCAACUUUUUCCGCAGCUAUUGUAUGCAUAAACAGUAUAGUUCCGGUUAUUCAUGGGAGGCAACAAGCAUAAGACGUAUAGAACUGUAGCAAUGUAUGUAUCUCAUUAGUCUUGUGUCCAGGAACUUGAUAAGGAGAUGUACUAAUAAGUAACAAGGAUCA